AUGUUCAUCAUUGCGCGAUUCUUUGCUGGAUGGGGCAGUUGGGGAUUCUUGGCUGUUACACCAACAUACUGCGCCGAACUCGCACCACCCGGCCUCCGCGGCUUCUUCGUCGGUAUGAACGGCGUGAGCAUUGCGCUUGGCUACGCCAUCGCAGGCUACAUGGGCAUAGCCUUCUAUUUUGCCUCUAGCGACGCGAAAUGGCGCGGACCCCUUUAUACUGCGCUCAUUUGGCCCAUCAUGAUGAUCUGCAUUACUUUCCUUGUGCCAGAGUCACCCCGUUAUCUCCUCUUGAAAGGGAGAGUGGACGAGGCGAGGGAGAUUGUAAUGAGGUUACAUAGUAUCAAGGGCGAUGCGGAGCAGGAGUUUGCCAGAGGGGAGUUCUACCAGAUGCUCAAGCAAACGGGACUUGAGCGUACGUUGGAUCCGGGGUGGUGGGCGAUGUUUACGAAGAAGGGGUACCGACAAAGGACGGCGUUGGCGAUGAUUUUCGCUUUCAUUGGUCAGUCGACUGGUGUCUUGGUGAUCAACAAUUACGGCCCUACGCUCUAUGCUACGCUGGGUUUCGAUACAAAACGACAGCUUGAACUCCAAUGCGGCUGGCUAUCGGUCGGGAUUGUUUUCAACGCAAUUGGGGCUGCAUUCAUGGAUAAAAUCGGCCGCAGACCGCUCAUGAUCUUCGGUGUAGCUGGAUGUGUUUUCUGCCUAACCGUCGAAGCAUCUAUUGUAGCAAUAUACGCGGAAGCAGCAACGAACAAAGCUGCCCUGGCUGCUGGUGUGGCUAUGUUCUACCUCUUCCUCGCAGUCUACAGCGUAGGCAUUGACGUCGCCGGCGUAGUCUUCUACUCCGAGCUCUUCCCCAAUCAUAUACGGGCUAAAGGCGUGUGCCUCUCAAUGGCAACCAUCGCGCUUACGGACCUCGUUUACCUUCAAACUACGACGACAGCAUUUGCAAACAUUGGCUGGAGAUUUUACCUCCUCUUUAUUAUCAUCUGUACGCUUGGUGUUAUAUUCCUCAUCUUCACGCUCCCCGAGACGAAAGGCAUUCCGCUUGAAGAAAUGGCCAAAAUAUUUGGCGAUGAAGUUGUUGUCACCCUCGAAGACGUUCAUGUUAACUACGAUACCCAUGAGCUGGUCGUUGACAGUGGCGUGGAGGGAGGACUGGAGCACGUUGCUACGAAUCAAGGCGUAACGCCCGCUAUCGAGGAGAGGUUGAAAGGCAAAAAGCACAGGGAGAAGGUUGAAAGAGCAUAG